AGGGGGAAGGGGAAGAUAUCAAAACGAAUCAAAUUAAAUCAAAACAGAUUUAUAGAUGGGGAGACGGAGAGAGAAGGGUGGGAAGUUAGAAGGUCUGGAGGUGAAGUUACCCACCUUCUUCCGCUGCCCGAUAUCGCUGGAGGUGAUGCGGUCACCCGUUAGCUUGUCCACCGGCGUCACCUACGACCGCUCCUCCAUCCAGAGCUGGAUCGAUUCCGGCCACCGGACCUGCCCUGCCACCCGCCUCCCACUCCCCUCCCCUGUUCACCUCGUUCCCAACCUCACCCUCCGACGCCUCAUCCGCCUCUGGUCCUCCUCUUCAUCUUCCUCUCCGCACCUCCUCCCUCCCGUGGCGCCCCCAUCGCAUUCCCCCGCACCCUCCAUCGAUGAUCUCCUUCUUCAUCUCCGAUCCCUCUCCCUCUUCGACCCCCUCCCCCUUCUCCACCGCCUCUCCGCCUUCCUCUCCACCUCCCAUGAUUCUGACAAGAACCGCCUCGCUUCCUCCCCCUUUUUCGCCCCCGCCCUCGUUUCCUUCCUCGCCGACAGUACGGCCGGAUCCGAAGUGUCGCGGUUGGCCACCGAGAUUCUCGCCUUGGUCCUGGGAAUGGAAUACACCGACGAUCGCGGAAGGGAGAUCGUUAUCGAAGCGAUCCUCGCCGACCUCGACGGUGCCGUAGCCGCCCUGAUCGAAAUCCUUCGGGGCGACGAGUCGCAACUUAGAUCUCGAAUCGAUGCCGCCAAGGUUCUCGAGUCGAUCCUCUCGUCCUCUUCCUGCGACGGGGAUAAAACGAUCUCGAUCGUGGAGAAGCCAUAUCUAUUUCCCGAGCUGAUCCGCCUCUUACUAAUCGACGACGACCGCGGCGCGGUGGACCCUGAAGCCGCCGACUCUGGGCUGCGGUGCUUACUUGCGGUGACCAAGGGAAGGCACGCGAAGGCGCUGUUGGUGCGGGCCGGGGCGGUGCCGGUGCUGACGAGGAUUCUGGUCGCCGCCGAGGUACCGGCCGAGGCAGCGGAGCUGGCGCUGCGGGCAAUGGAGGUAGCCGCCGGCAGCGCAGAGGGACGGGCAGCGAUCUGCGAAGAGGCGGAGGCGUGCGUGCGGGCGGUGAUGGGGCGAUUGAUGAAGGUGAGGCGGGAGGGGAAGGAGGCGGCUGUGUCGGUGCUGUGGACGGCGUGCGUAGCCGAGGGGAACCGGAGGGCGAGGGAGGCGGUAUCGGAGGCGAAGGGCGGCGCUGUGAAGAUACUGAUGGUGAUGCAAGGGGAGUGCUCGCCGGCGGCGGCGAGGAUGGCGGGCGAACUGCUGAAGAUCUUUAGGGUAGACGCCAAGGGCUGCUGCGUUGGCUACCACACCAAGAGCACUCACAUAAUGCCUUACUAAUAAUGCUCUAACUUAAUCUCAAGGCAUGUUUUUGCAGCUAAUUAGGUGAUAAUGAUGCCUGUUGUAAAUGGGUAGACAUUAAUCUCAUUAAUUUUGGGAUUAUGGAAAUCACAUAAAAUAAAGGGUAAAGUUUUGUUUAAUAAAACAACCAAAGUUUGAUAUAA